CUAGGUCUAUCAACUACCCCAUGGGUAGGAUUUCUUGGCAUUUGAUGAGAGAUUAUCAACACUUUUGUUAUGAAAUUCAUUUGUAGAUUAUUUCAUGGACCUUCUACAUCCCAGAGAAAGUUAAUACAGGCCAAAUAGACUUUUAAUUCACAUCGCCACUUACACUAGAUUGUUCCAUUUGGGAACUCGUGGGUGACAUCCUUCACCAUCUCUUGGAAACGAGAUCUCACACCUUCAUGAGAAGUUUGUGUAUUACCUGGACAGAUCUACCUUCCAAUGGGAUGCGCACACAGCUGGUAUAUCUAAUGAGUGUUUGAAAGGAAAAAUUGAAAGUAUAAGUUUCAUUUGGAUAGGUACAUAUGUAUAUAACGGCUUGAAUAUACAUGGAACCCUGAAUAAUUCAAUCAAAAACAAACAGUGUGUGUUGGGACAGGACAGGUGAAGUAAUGGAGUGUUGAAGGUUUGGAACUCCUGAUUAACAUAUACACAAAAACAGCGUGAUUAGCUUUCAAUAAUUUGGUUGGAUUUGAACCAAUUAAAUUUUAUCUGGACUAAUGGAAGGAACACCACUUGUCUGAUUUGUCACCUUAGGUGAACUGUGUACCGGUAGGUUCUUAAAAGAUACACGUGUAAGAUACAUUUCUUCCAAAUUUAAUUUGGUUUUUAAAGUUUAUCUUUCAAGGCAAUGUGAAAAUAGACCUUUAAACGUGCAAUUUAAAAAACUCAUGAUUCUAGGAUAUUCAUUUUAUAUGAUUGAAAAAUGGAAGAUUCUUGAUCGAGCAAAUACUGCUGCUGUGAUGCUUCAGGCGUGAGCCAUAGAGUCUGAUGGAAUGAUCAGUUGAAUUUGGAUAUUUUAUCGACUUCAAAUGAAAAGCAGUUAUACAGAAAUAUGCUUUUUGUGUGUAGUCCACUGCACAUUUAACAAUCUAUAACCUACAAUUUGGUGAUUUUUUUUGUGUGUGUGUUAAUCGCAAUAUAAGCUACAAUGAUGAAACAGCUGCGGACACCAGGGCGUCUCCAUUCUCAGAUCCAGCCAUCCAGACACCUCACUCUGGACAUCUCCAUCACAGGAUCACAGAUGACUACCCCUCGGUCAGUCGUGGUCACCGAGGACCGGAAUGUAGAUGCGGUAAUGCGAUCUAACAUGGUGAUCAUGCCCACCCUGAUAUCAUAUGCGGCAGGGUUGCGUGAGGUUGUGCCAGAAAGCAUGUUCCACAGUUUCUUCAAUUUGGAGAUUGGUCAUGCACCAUGUAGCUAUCACAAUCGUCUCCCGCCCAUCGUCCCAGUUGCGCUUCAGAAGCCAUCCUAUGUGAGUUUCGUAGGAACAGCACCUGUCGUAGAAAAAUUGUAUGCAACGUUUAAGGAGACUCCAGGUCUCAAGGAAUUGUCUGUCUGUGACCACAAAUGCGCUCGUCAUGAGAUCCACAUGGAGCAGCACAAACAAAGCGCCAAAUGUGGAUUAUGUGGACAGUAUCACCAGGCUGAGCUCCCUCCCAAUCAUCUACACACCCAUAGACUUGUGACAUUGAAAAAGAGAGAGGCUCUCAGGAAACGUGCAAAUGAGGCAGCAGCAGAGCGGAAACAGCGGAAGGCUUAUUCUUCACCUUUGUACUCAUCUCUCAAGGACAAACGACAGAAGGUACGAUUCCAGACCCCAGAGUCGGACCACAGAUCAGGAAUAGGUACACCUCGCAAUGAAUCUGACCUUGACCUUCAUGUGAUGUUACCAACGGAGACUGUAGGAACUGAUGAACAGACAGAGGAAGGAACUGAUGGACAGACAGAGGAUGAAACUGAGGUCACGGAGGACAGUACAGAGGAAAACCAGGAACUAUCAGGGACAGAUAACCCAGUAAAUAGUACAGACUCGAGUGAACAACAAACAGAGCCAGAGGCAGACUGGUCCCCGAGAGAGGAGGAGUACGUCAUCAUCUCUAGGAGUGAAGUUGAUGUUGCCACGGCAGCUAUGGAAGCAGCUGAGGCAGAACACCGAGAACAGUUACGGAUGUUUGAGGAAAUGUGUAAACAACGGGAACAAGAAAAAGAGGCACAACUAGCUGCAGCCCUGGCCAAGGAGGAGGCAGACAGGUUGGCUGAGGAGGAACUCAUAAGGACGGAGAUUUCCGGGGAGGAUAUGACAAUGCUUAGAAAACGCUUGACCUCUGAAUCACUUAUCUCCGGUCAGUCUGAUGGUCAAAAUUUCGGGCCACCUAGACCUAAGGUCCCAGUGCGUCUACCAUUGCUAUCAAAGAAGAACAAGAAAAGUUCUGCCUCCGUCUCCAGCAGCAGCAGUGGUCAGCUAAAGACGUCCUCCUCAAGGGUCAAGGCCAGUAAAUCAACUAGCCGGACGUCAACAUCACGUAACAAACUGGACAAGAAGUCCAGCAGCAAGCUUAACAACAAACUUAGCCAAGAGCCCUGUCUCCCUGAGAUAAGUGAUGUCAUCAAACACACACAGUCAGCCUCCUCUGGCACAACAUUUGUCAAACCACCACCUAAGGUUCUCACCAAACUUCUAAAGGAAGAACUGACAGAAGUCAAAGUUCGCACUCCAGUUGAGUCCAAAGAUAAAGGUACAAGGUUGACCCCUAAAGGGUCAAAAGUCACUGAGGAGAAACCUAUUCAGCUCGACCUGCCUCUUCCCCCAAUGGACAUGAGUCUGGCCAAACCUCCGCCAUUGGCAUUUCUCCAGUCUGGCCAUGAGAGGGGAGAAGAUAACAGCAAGGUGCCUCCCACACAGGUCAUCCCCACUGUAGGUGAUACCCGUACUGGACCCCUGUCACUGACAGUCGAUGACCGACCAGAUUCACGAGGACGGACACCAAGUGGAAGACGGAAGUUUUCCAUUGUAAAGAAGGAGAAAGUAGAUCGGCGCAGGGUCGGGGUGAAAGUUGAAUCCCCAAUAGAGUCGCCUGUAGAGGAAUUGCCGAACAAGAGGACGGACUCAUGGAUCUACGGUCAGGAUGAUGAUGAAUCAAUAGCAGCUGGAGACACAGAAAAGUCACCAGAAGUAGACGAGGUACCUCCACUGCCUGCUGAUAUACCUCCGCCUCUACCUGACCUAGACAGCAUCAACAAAUCCAAUAAAAAAAUAGAUAAACGACGUCGAGCAUCAAUUCAAACACCCAUUGUCCAAAAACUUGAAAAAAAGUUAAAACGUCGACAGUUUUCUAAGGACACUUCGUAUGAGGAUGAAUUGAGAAAACAGGAGCUUGCAGAACAACGACGGCAGAAACACAUGGAAAUGUUGGAGAAAGCCAGGGCCAGGAGACUCCAGGGAGAUAUGGAUGGAGAAGGCGAUGAGGAUGGACCUAAUUUUGAUGACUAUGGUUUCCUGGCCAAAUACUGCAUUUUCAACAAAUCAAGUGUUGAGAUGUACAGACACACUUUUGACAUCGUUGAUGAUGAACAACGAGGUUGGCUGAGUGCAACAGAGGUAAUGGUGGCCCUGAGAGCUGUCAACAAUAAACUGUCUCAUGCAGAAGAGGAAUAUCUGUACAGGAUAUUGGAGCUGACAGGAUACAGUAUUAAAAAUGGUGCUGACUUCAAACUCUUCUCUGUGGUAGCUGCUCUCUCACAAAAAAUUGCUGCCCUCGAUAAUUGGAUGAGAAACAUGAUUGGUAAAAUGGAUUUUGGCAUGUUAGAGAUGAAGUUAUUUAUGUGUAAAAAACUCUGGGAGUGCAAUGUUGACCAUGAGACCAACAAGAUUUCUAUAGACCAACUAUGUGUGGAACUUAGGGCAGGAGGGGUCAGUCUAGCACACGAGAUAGAGGUCAGAGAGAAACUGUCACACUUGGAUGCACUUGACCUACUCGACUUCCUCUCCUACAUUCCUCUCUUUAUUAUGAUACACCAAUCUGUGGUGGACAACCCUCUGGACGAUACUCGCGACAAGUAAAACUUCCAUACUGGACAACCCUCUGGACGAUACUCGCAACAAGUAAAACUUCCAUACUGCACAACCCUCUGGACGAUACUCGCGAUAAGUAAAACUUCCAUACUGCACAACCCUCUGGACGAUACUCGCAACAAGUAAAACUUCCAUACUGCACAACCCUCUGGACGAUACUCGCGAUAAGUAAAACUUCCAUACUGCACAACUCUCUGGAAGAUACUCGCGACAAGUAAAACUUCCAUACUGGACAACCCUCUGGACGAUACUCGCAACAAGUAAAACUUCCAUACUGGACAACCCUCUGGACGAUACUCGCGACAAGUAAAACUUCCAUACUGGACAACCCUCUGAACGAUACUCGCAACAAGUAAAACUUCCAUACUGCACAACCCUCUGAACGAUACUCGCGACAAGUAAAACUUCCAUACUGCACAACCCUCUGAACGAUACUCGCGACAAGUAAAACUUCCAUACUGGACAACCCUCUGGACGAUACUCGCGACAAGUAAAACUUCCAUACUGGACAACUCUCUGGACGAUACUCGCGACAAGUAAAACUUCCAUACUGGACAACUCUCUGGACGAUACUCGCGACAAGUAAAACUUCCAUACUGGACAACCCUCUGGACGAUACUCGCGACAAGUAAAACUUCCAUACUGGACAACCCUCUGGACGAUACUCGCGACAAGUAAAACUUCCAUACUGCACAACUCUCUGGACGAUACUCGCGACAAGUAAAACUUCCAUACUGGACAACCCUCUGGACGAUACUCGCGACAAGUAAAACUUCCAUACUGGACAACCGUCUGGACGAUACUCGCGACAAGUAAAACUUCCAUACUGGACAACCCUCUGGACGAUCGAUACUCGCGACAAGUAAAACUUCCAUACUGGACAACCCUCUGGACGAUACUCGCGACAAGUAAAACUUCCAUACUGCACAACCCUCUGGACGAUACUCGCGACAAGUAAAACUUCCAUACUGCACAACCCUCUGGACGAUACUCGCGAUAAGUAAAACUUCCAUACUGGACAACCCUCUGGACGAUACUCGCGACAAGUAAAACUUCCAUACUGGACAACCCUCUGGACGAUACUCGCGAUAAGUAAAACUUCCAUACUGGACAACCCUCUGGACGAUACUCGCGACAAGUAAAACUUCCAUACUGCACAACCCUCUGGACGAUACUCGCGACAAGUAAAACUUCCAUACUGGACAACCGUCUGGACGAUACUCGCGACAAGUAAAACUUCCAUACUGGACAACCCUCUGGACGAUACUCGCGAUAAGUAAAACUUCCAUACUGGACAACUCUCUGAACGAUACUCGCGAUAAGUAAAACUUCCAUACUGGACAACCCUCUGGACGAUACUCGCAACAAGUAAAACUUCCAUACUGCACAACCCUCUGUACGAUACUCGCGACAAGUAAAACUUCCAUACUGGACAACCCUCUGGACGAUACUCGCGACAAGUAAAACUUCCAUACUGCACAACUCUCUGGACGAUACUCGCCACAAGUAAAACUUCCAUACUGGACAACCCUCUGGACGAUACUCGCGACAAGUAAAACUUCCAUACUGGACAACCCUCUGAACGAUACUCGCGACAAGUAAAACUUCCAUACUGGACAACCCUCUGGACGAUACUCGCGACAAGUAAAACUUCCAUACUGGACAACCCUCUGGACGAUACUCGCGACAAGUAAAACUUCCAUAUUGCACAACUCUCUGGACGAUACUCGCGAUAAGUAAAACUUCCAUACUGGACAACCCUCUGAACGAUACUCGCGAUAAGUUAAACUUCCAUACUGGACAACCCACUGAACGAUACUCGCGACAAGUAAGACUUCCAUACAGCACAACUCUCUGGACGAUACUCGCGACAAGUAAAACUAAAUGAGCAAUUCAUAAAUGUUCCAACAAACAAUAAACUAGUGGCAAAUUAAUUGUUACACAGGACAAACGAUUGUCAACUGGAACUCGGCGAGAGGUUUUGGUUGUCGGGCAAUUAAGUGAUAACUAAUGGUCAGCUGGUACUGGUCGAGUGAAUUCAGCGAGAGACAAAAUACAUCUGUGACAAGAAAUGAUGUACUGACACUGUGAUCAGGUUAUUUGUAAUCGGAGACUCCAUAUGUUUUUGUAGACAGCAUACAUUGUUUCUGUGCUAACUAUACUUCUCUGGUUUUAUUGGGAAGUAUAUUCAACUUCAUACGCUUAACCCAGCUGAGGGCAGAAUUACACCUCUGAAAUAUUGCCUGAAUGCACUAUACAGUAUGAUAGAACAAGGGACAAUAUAUACUGUCGGAACCAUGUAAAACAUAACGUCAAUGUUGAAGUACAAUAUUGUCCAUGAUAUUUGUAGAGACAAUUUAGAUUUGGUUGUUAUGUACACUGGAUAUUUAUUAGUUAUACAAAGUGUCACGAGAUGUUAAGAUAUGUCUGGUAGAUCACGUGUCUGUAGAAUGAUAUUGAGCUGUGAUAUUUUAUAAGCUGUGGUGUAUGUAGAUUUCCUGGUAGUGUCUAUCGAAUGUUACCACAGGUGAAUGGUGAUUGACUGAUGCAUAAGUUUGAAAUGUAUUAUUUCGGUUUGUAUUCUGUACAUUUAAAACACAUUUUUAUGAGAGGAUCCCUUUAUCUCUCUAUUUUUGCCAUAUAUAUAAACAUCCUUUAGUUGCGAAAUCUUUCUAUUUUUGUAGUUACCUCGGGUAAAAGCAAUAUGCAUGUAAUCAUGGUAUCAACACAAAUCAAGGUAACAUUUAUCGUACUUUCAUAUAUUGAUCCUGGCUGGGAUACAAUACAGAAAGUUUCACUUAAUAAGUUGUUGGUAGUGCCUGGAUGAAGCAUAGACCUAUAUUCAGAGAUUAAUGUUUUGAUGCGAGUACAUUAAUUUAAAACCUAGCGUUAACUUCAUCAGGCUUUUUACUUUGCCACCUCAAUCUGCCAGCCUUGUAGACCAUAUAAAUGUCAAGCAAAUAAAACUUAACAAUCAUC